UAUAAACACUGAAGACAGCAUUAAAAACAAGAAGCAAGCGCGCAUCGACGAGGGCUCAUCGUUCUGAGCAUUGGAGCAGCUUCUCGUUUGCCCUCUGCAAUUUAGCCAUGGCAACUGCGAGAACCGUGAAGGAUGUUUCACCGCAUGAGUUUGUCAAGGCUUAUUCCGCUCACCUCAAGCGCUCUGGCAAGAUGGAGCUUCCUGAGUGGACGGAUUUAGUAAAAACUGCAAGAUUUAAAGAACUCGCCCCAUAUGAUCCUGACUGGUAUUAUGUUAGAGCCGCCUCCAUGGCUAGAAAGAUCUACUUGAGAGGUGGUCUCGGUGUUGGUGCCUUUCAGAGGAUUUAUGGUGGAAGCAAGAGGAAUGGAAGCCGCCCCCCACAUUUCUGCAAAAGCAGUGGAGCCAUUGCCAGACACAUUCUUCAGCAGUUGCAAAACAUGAAUAUUAUUGAGCUUGAUUCAAAGGGAGGCAGGAAAAUCACUUCAAGUGGUCAAAGGGAUCUUGACCAAGUUGCUGGGCGAAUUGUGGUUGCUCCUUGAACAGACAAUCCAGUAGCAUUGCCUUUUUUAUUUUUUCCCCCCCCCCCCCCCUCAUUGAGAUUCGUAGAUGUUGUCGAAGACAUGAUUUAAAGUAUUGAGCAUAGUAGUCGAUUACGUCUUCUCAGUUCUCAUGGAACACUAUAUGUUGUGAACAUGGAAACCAAAUUGAUGUUUGUUGCAGGCUUGUGGCAGCGUUUCCUUCA